CACCAGGAAACAGAAAGUUCUGAGAAAUCAAAACUAACCCCGACGGGGAGGGGCCCUGAGCACCGUCCAGGCAUCAGCCCGCACUGCUCAGCGUCGCCUGCCUGCAGAAACCCACUUUGCCUUCUCCUGGGAUCCCCUGUUCCCCCAAAGCUGGAGAUGAUCAACGAGGAGCACGAGGUCGCCAUUCUGGGGGCGCCCCAGACCUCGGGGGCCGUGACGUCCACCGUGGUCAACAUCCGCAGCGAGACCGUCGUGCCCGACCACGUCGUCUGGUCCCUGUUCAACACCCUCUUCUUUAACCCCUGCUGCCUGGGCUUCGUGGCGUUCGCCUACUCCGUGAAGUCUAGGGACCGGAAGAUGGUGGGCGACGUGAUCGGGGCCCAGAGCUACGCUUCCACCGCCAAGUGCCUCAACAUCUGUGCCCUGGUCGUGGGCAUCAUUGUCAUCAUUGGAUCCAUUUUUCUGGUGAUCAAGUCCCUGCACAUCUUGAAGAUGAUGUUAGAGAACAUGAAGCACUAGUCAGUGGUCGUGGCGAGUGAACCGAGGCCCCACCGUCUACCCUGAGCCCCAGGCCCCAGGCCCCUACUCCUUUAUACGAUAUCCUUGUCUACAACCAAAUUGAAUAAAGCGUACUUACAUGUGUCAA